UAACAGGUUGAGAAUUGAGCGAGUGUCCUUUAAAUAACCACUCUUCUAACGUUAUAUAGUGCCAUAAUAUCAUAUAUUAAAUUUAUUCCAAGCCGUCAACGAUCGUGUCUAAAUUUCGGGAUUUUAUUUUAUUUGUUCUUAAGAAGAAGAGUUUAAAUAUAUCGUAGUUUGAAGUGAUUUUUUAAAAAGAAAAACAUGUGGGGAAUAUCUAUAGAGAUUGUGGUUCUGGUUGUUAUUGUAAAUGAUAAGUUCUAUGAGGUUUAUGGGAAUAGAUUUCCACAAGAUAAAGAUUAUAACUACGUGACAAGUGAAAACGAGACAACAUUAUGUUGUCCUAUUGAAGAUCACGUAAUAUAUAAUAUUACCAUGCGCAGUAAAAACACAAAAAAGGGAUGCUAUGGUUUACCGCAUACGAUACUGUCGGCCAUGUUGAAUUGCUAUUGGCAAUCCUCGUGUAUAAUAAAGUUUAAAAAGGACACUCCAAUAACUUUUGUGAAAGAUGAGAGUAGCACGUGCUUGAUGCAAACACCCGAUGUACUCAUGUACAACUUCUCUUGUAUACACAAAGAGAAGAAAUACUUUUUACAUGGCGCUGAUGUAGAAAUAGAUAAAGAAGAGGGGCUAAUCGUCAGCCAUUCUAAGUAUCCUUGGCAUUAUAAACGUCCACCUGCUGAUAAAACCAAACAAAUAACUAAAGCUUAUCUAACUAGACCAGAUGGGUUUAAUGAGCUGUGGUUGGAUUUGAUCAAUUUGGAUAUUGCUGACAAUGAUGAAAUUAAAGUUGACGAAGAAAAAUGGGAAUCUGGAAACAAAACCAUAGUAAAGAAAGAUGUCGUCAAAAUAAAAUUUGAAGUCGGACAUGAGAAUAAAUUCAGUGGAUUCGUCUUCAGAUAUAAAUGGUUAAAGAAUAAUUCCUUGCCUGUCGAAAAAAGCAAAUUAGAAAGGAAACUCUUUAGCUGCGACAAAAAGAAAGAGGGUUUUGUUUCAAAUAAAGAUAAAAAGCUGUUAAAUGCCUCGGAAUGUUUCCUAUCAGCGUGUAAGGAUACAUUCAAGUGUAUGAUGGCCUUGAGUGAAAACAGUGGUAACGUGGACUUCCGGUGUUCCCGUGAAGAGUGCCCUAAGGCCUUAAAUAAAAUUACUGGUAAAUUUCGUAAUUCCAUGCGAAAGAAGUUCACUAUUAAAUUUUCCAAACCACAAGGAAAAUCAGUUUUGCGUUUUGGAGUGAAAAAAUCAAGAGGGAUGGCUAAAGUUAAAAAACCCAAAACUUCCUUUACUCUGACCUCGCCAGAAGGACAUGCGAUGGAUUUCUCCAAGAGCAAAAAACCUAGGCUUGUCCUGGAACUCAAAUCCAAAAUGGCAGAUGAUGACUUUCUGUGUUAUAGAUGGGAAUCGUCGCUUACUAACCAACCAUUGAUAUGCGAUGAUAAUUUCGAUGCUCACAAUGUCGUUUGUGUGAAGACAAGGAAAAAGAAGAAAGGGGGCAAGAAAUCGAAUAAAAACAAAAAACAUGGAAAGAAAAGCCGGAAAAAAAGAGGUAAACUGACAAACGAAACAGACAAAAAGAGGAUUACCAGUAACAGUAGACAUUAGCAAAGGAGCCAAAAGACAGAAAAGAUCCGAAAAAUAGCUCUUUCUUUCGGUAUAAUAAUUGUGUUUAAAGCGAAAAUUUCAUAUUUUCUAAGAAAGUCAAAACCUAAUUAUUUCUGUGUCUUUUGCUCAAUAGGUUGUCAACUCACUAUUAUACGAUCAUAGGUAUCAUUCUCACACUUAAAAACCAUUCACCCCGGAAAUAAUAACACAAUUACCUCCCCUGUUUUUCUACCCCCCCACCCCCAUGGAAUAGCUAUCUUCAAACUUUUGAAUUUGAAGUUGAAAAUGAUAUUUUUGCCAAUUUCUCAACUGACAAUAGUGAAUUAUAGGAUUAAUAGGAUUAUUCUUUAACAAAGCAGGACUGUUUAUAGAUACCAUCUAUUUUAAGGCUUUAUUUUAAUACAUUUUAAAAAUAUAACUUAAAAAUAUGAAAUCAUCGCUUUAACAUUGUUUUGUGAAUACAUUUAUAUGGACCUUAUAACAAUAAUAAUGAAUUUAUAUAGCGCCUCUCAUUUAGAACUGUUCUACACGAUGGCGCUGAGCUGCACUGUCACGUUUGGUAUUUACAGUUAAAUAAGUGAGUCUUCAAGGAUGAUUUAAAGGACUCGGUCAACUUAGGGAGAUAUAGAUAUGAUAUUAUUAUUUCGGUUACUUCAAUAAUUAGGCCUGUCACCGCUGGAAUAAACUGGUGUGUGAAAUUAGAA